AUGACAACCAAAUACGUAACAAUUUCCCAGACACCCGGCCUGCCAGGCAAGGUGUACUACCCACUUGUCCUGCGCAGUGCCCCGAUUCCGCCUCUCCACGGAAAUUCCCUGCUGAUCAAGAUCUCCGCCGCAGCCCUAAACCACCGCGAUCACUUCUUACGCCAGCACCUCUAUCCUGGCACCACGUUCGGGGUGCCCCUUCUUGCCGACGGCGCCGGAAUCGUCGUCGACAUCGGAACCGAUGUCUCGCCGGACUGGCUGAACCGACGCGUCAUCAUAUACCCUUCCAUGGGGUGGUCCUCGUCUCCAUACGGUCCGGAGGAAGGCGGAUACGUCCGGGUCAUGGGCGGAACGAGGUAUAAUGCUCGAGGAACGUUGACCGAGUACAUGGUCAUUGAGCAGGAUGGGGUGGAGCUCGUUCCGCCGCAUCUAUCGGAUGUCGAGGCUGCUGCGCUCCCUGUGACCGGACUGACGGCGUGGAGGGCGCUGAUGACCAAGGCUGGGGAGGGAAUGUGUGGACCCGGAAGCCAGAUUCUAAUCACGGGGAUUGGGGGAGGUGUUGCGUUGAUGGCAUUGUUGUUUGCUGUGCACAUGGGAGCGGAUGUUUGGGUUACGAGUUCGAGUAGAGAGAAGUUGGAUAUGACGAUGCGGUUGGGGGCAAAAGGGGGAGUUAAUUACACGAAGGAGCAUUGGGAAGACCGAUUGCUGGAUUUGCUGCCGGAGAGAAGGGAAUUUGAUGCGGUGAUCGAUGGUGCUGGGGGAGAUAUUGUUCAUAGGGCGGUCACAUUGCUCAAGGCUGGAGGGAGAGUAGUCACUUACGGCAUGACUAGAGCGCCGUCACUAUCCGUGCCGAUGCGCGUCAUAUUGAAAAAUCUCGACAUCUGCGGCAAGGCGCUGGGAUCUCGCCGAGAGUUUGCUCAGAUGGUAGACUUCGUUAGGAAGAAGCGAAUCGUGCCGGUCAUCUCCCGAGUGGUAAAUGGAAUCGAGAACCUUCAUGAAAUUGAGGAACUGUUCGAUAUGCUGAGAUCUGGUAGCCAGCUUGGAAAGUUGGUCAUCAAACUGAAUUCCGAGGAGCAGUGCAGGCUGUAG